AUCCGGUUCCAUGACGAGGCCACCGUGUGCUAACCAAGAAGACAUGCCGCACAAGUGGGAGAACGCAUCUUUGGACAAGGUGAAGGAGAAAGAUGUGAAGAUUCCGCCAUGUUGGUGUGGAGAUGUUUGCAAGGUGAAGGUGUCCACCGACCAAAAAAAGUCAUGGACGGAAGGAAGGAGAUAUUUUGUAUGCCCCAACUAUGCUUAUGAUCGUGCGCUUCUAACUCACGCCUAUGACCAACCACCGUCACCGCCUCCUCUAUGCAAGUACUUCACGUGGAUAGAUCAUGAAGUGCCAGAAGAUGUCCAAAAGGACCAAUAUCAAGAUUGUCUUAGGCGCCAGCGGCUGUUCGAAGAAAGGAUUCGAAGAGGCUUGGAGGAAGAGCGUCGUUAGAAGGAGAGGAUGGAGCGCAAGUAACGCGAGGAGGAGAGGGCACGCCAAGCGAAGCUUGCUCGUGAGGAGGAGAGGGCAAGAAAGCUAGCAAAGGCUCGCAAGGCACAAGAGAAGGAUGAGGCACGUGAUAAGAAGGGGAAAUGGCCCCGUAUGACUCAGUAAAGCCUUCGCUUCGGUGGACUCGUCAUGUAACCGGAUGAAGCCAUGCCAAAUUUAUCAUGAACUAUGUAGUACUAAUGCAAGAAUGCAUAUGUCGUGAACUUGUCAUGAAUGAAUUUGCCAUUUGUAUUGAAUUUGGUGUGGAGAUGUUUGCAAGGUGUCAUGAAUGAACUUUAGUUGUCAGCAA